UUCACAGUAUCUGAGCGCAACACCAUAUUAUACCGUAGCUGUCGUGAAGGUCUUGCAGGCAGGGGCAAUCCAACACAUUAAAGUGCGAUAAUCCUGAGUAUGGUGUAUUAUGUCACUGAAAAGCAUGUUGGACGCUAAUCAUAAACGGUGAUCAAGAGAUGAAAAUAUUCGUACUACACUUUGUCUGAUAGGGAGAUCUGAGGUGACACAGCAAGACACAGCUGGGGUUUAAAGACACGUAUAGCAUCUUGGAGACUGCCUGAUGGAGCAAUGCAUGUCAAUUUGAACCCCGGGAUUCUACGAGCCUCAAUUUCACGAUAAACCGCAGGCUCUGUUGUCUUCGACCUCGUGUAAGCAACAAACUAUACAGGAGAUAAAUUAGCCGGCUCAUCUCACCAUCGUUCGAUCAACAGGGAAUUGUAGUUCUUGUUUCAGGUACCUUAUUACACGAAGAAGUAACGGAGAAAUUACCGACAGGUGGAAAGUGAUUCUUCAAUAAUAUUUAUUAAAGGAUUCCCCAGCAAGAUGCAUGUAUACGUAGUGGGCGUGGCUGUCGCAGUGGGCGUCAUCCUGUCAAUCAUAAUCACCCUAGCGACGUACCUCGUCUGCCGUCAAUUCGGCCCCAAACCAGACCCUUCGAAGGAGUGCAGUUACAAUGACUUCCUGAACAGAGUACAGAGUGAUGUCCAAGAGCCAGUUUCUUCGGUCUUGAAGAAGGCACCGCCGAGGAGAAUCGUAGCGAAGAAUUGUCGUUUAAAACCAUCAGACUCUACCGUCGGACCUGGUCCUCCGCCAGUCUCACCAGUCGUUCUGAAUAGCAACUACAGUUUUACUAUUCCUAAAGCAACGUCACCGGGUUUCCAAGGAGAUUCCUUUACGUUAGAGAAACCCCAGCCGGCGAUUGGAGCUCUCAGCCCAACCUCUAAGACGCCCUCUAUGAUGGCAAGAUUGGAUCCUACUCAGCUGGAUCCAUCUGCUCAUAUGUACAAGGAAAAUCAUGGUAUACGAAAGUUAUCGAUGGAUUCUGGAGUGACUGGUCCGUGUCUUGGGAUUAUCAACUUUUCCCUCAAGUACAACCCUGAGAUGGGUCUACUGACAGUUCGACUCAUACAAGCCAGGGAUCUUCAACCAAGGGAAUUCAGUGGAACUGCUGAUCCUUAUUGUAAGAUCACAGUGGUACCCCACGCCACCAAGAUGCUCCAGAGUAAAGUUCAUCGUAAGACACUCUGUCCCGAGUUCAAGGAAGAGUUUGUCUUUGAGAUACCCGAGCCCGACAUCCAUCGACAGACGGCCCGUAUUCAACUCUUCGACUUCGAUCAGUUCUCGAGAGAUGAGUGCAUUGGGACCGCGGUCUUGCCACUUACCAAUGUCGACCUUACCGAGAAGGUGGAAGUCUGGAAGGAGAUUAAAGCAGUUUACGUGGCUCAUAGACAACAAAGCGAAGAAGCACCAGAGCUUGGUGACAUCAUGUUCUCCUUAUCCUAUCUACCCAGUGCCGAGAGACUAACUGUGGUCAUCUUAAAGACAAGGAAUCUAAGAGCUGUUAAAUUACUGGAAGACAAGAAAACAUCAGAUCCUUACGUCAAGGUGUCGAUAUUUUGCGCCACCAAGCGGCUGAAAAAGAAGAAGACUUCAACUAAACACAACACAGUCCAUCCAGUAUUCAACGAGGCGCUUGUAUUCGGAGUGAUGAUGGAAUCACUUCGACAUCUCAGCCUAGAGUUUCAGGUUAUCCAUGAGAACAGAAUUGGUCAGAAUGAGAUUCUUGGCAGAGUGGUCUUGGGCCCUGACUCACAAGGGGAGGAGUUAGCACAUUGGAACGAUAUGAUCUGUUCGAGCAAGCCGGUGGCUCGGUGGCACAGACUAAUCACAUAACGCACUGGGUCCUACCAUGGUCCUACAGCGUUUCCGCGUUUCACUGUGAACACUUAACAGUUGUUGUUGUUUACAUGUAUUGUCCCGUGAUUGCCAAAGUAUCACCCAGUGUAAGCCUUUUUAUAAUAAAAUUGAAGUGAGUUUUUCAAAUCGCUGCUAGUCCCAAUAUCUGCCAGCUAGGCAUCCUGUCCCAGGAGAACAGAAAUAUUUUUGCUCAAUGCCAAGGAAACCGGGUACAAACAACGGUGUGAUGAGCUUUAUAUUGGCUGGGGACAGACUUUACUUAAGAUUAAGGCCUAUAAACAGAAACAACAUUGCCCAUGUGCAAGUUGAGAUAUCUUUUGCUAAAAAAGAUUUUAUGCAAAGUGUUUGCCACAUUUUAGGCGGGAGAUUCGUCUUAACAUGGAGACCGUGUGACCUUUACAGGCGGCGGGUAUAUGUUUGUUGGCAUGAUUGUGAACGACAAACAUUGUAAUUUUGUUGUCCUGUUAACAAGAUCAUAAUCAUACCUUUAACUGUAUCUAUCUUAAUGUAUAUUUCAGUUGUAUUUUGAUGUUUUUAUUUAUUAAGGAGCAGUUUUAUUACAUGGUAUUUGUUGGUAUACCAAUGAUGAUACAGUCUUAAAGCUUAAAGUUCACUGUUCUACUGGUUUUUAAGACCACAGUGGGGUUCACAAUGGUGGCUGAGGUGGCUCUCUCUUUAACUUCUUGAAGGAAAACUAUAGGAGUUCUUAAAACUUAGAAGUAUUUUGACUUGAGACACCACAUCGUGUGAACCAACGAACGAACGAACUUCAAGAAAGCUAUGAGAUAAGGAACGAGACAGAUGGCUGAUGACCAUACUUGCGACUAGUCGAACACAGCUAGUCACGACUAGUCGACUGGUCACGACUAUUCCAUGAUGAACUUCUGGAAGUUUGCACUGUGUGUGACGUAGACUGAUGACGUAUUUAUUGCUGCAGGUUCAGCAUGUAACAGGAAACUAAUACGGUUUUUUGGCUGCUCAGUCGCUUAUGACACGACGACUGUUUAAUUCCUAACGGAAAUGACAACAAUUGAAGCUUCGAGAAGUAAUGGAUGACUUUUUGGAAGCUAGGUGGCAGCAGACUUACCUGGUAAAUAUUUCGUUUUCAGUAAUUGUGCGCAUACGCAGAAGUACGUUAACAAUGGAAAAGUUACCUGGUAAGUCUGCUGCCACCUAGCGUUACAAAGUCUCUCAUUGUCAAUGUUCAAUAUUGUGAUGAACAUCGUAAUUAAUUUGUGAACUUAAUAAUAGUUCUAACUCACA